GUGUGUGCUCACAUGAACCCCUCUUGCCCUUCUGCGUGUGUGCCACUAGUCUCUUUGAGGACAAGAAUAGAAAAGUUAGGGCAAAGUCUGAGCCUCGGCUCAAACGGCUACUAGACGCCCGCAGCAGCAACUCGGAUCACAGGUUUCUCCUCUCGGUUUCUUUUUUUUACUGCUCUCAGUCAUUCUCUCUCUCUCUCUCUGUCUGUGUGUCUCUCUCUCUCUCACCUUCUCUCUGUCUCUCUCUCUCACACACACACACACACACACACACAAAAACACACACACACACACCACAACCACUACCACCACUCGUCACUCCUGGCAGAAGGAAGACAGGACAAGAGGAGAGUUGUUGCACAGCUUCACUCCCAGCGACUCACCGGGAGACACUUUGACCAGGAUGUGGACGCUUGUCUUGGGGGUCACCUUCGGAUUGUUGGCCUCCUCCAGGUCGAAAGACCUUCAAGUGAAUUCCCGCGGCUGCAGCUAUGCCGGGGUGUUUCUGGUCGAGGGGGCGGGCCGCCACUCUCUGAACUCAUCCAUGGCUGAAAAGGUGUGUGUCCAGCUGCAGAGCGUCUUGGCGACACAACAACAAGUCCAGGAGGCCUAUAAGGAAAAAAUGGAAACAUGCAGAAACGGCUGGAUCACCAAUACGAGCAUUGCCAUACUCAGACACUCACACCAUCAAAACUGUGCACAGAACAUGACUGGCUUCAUCACUUUUCCGCGUUCUCCAGAAGAUCUCUAUGAUGCGUACUGCUUCGAUGAAGAUGCUGGUCCUGAGGUGAACUGUACGGAAACAUUUACAUUAAAGGACACCUCAACCUCGCAGGAUGCACCAGCUAGACCUUCACCACAGCCUGAGGGCCCGAUGACAACAGCAGACCAGGAAGGAAUCCCUACACCAACCGAACGAGUGCCUGCAAGUGUUGCCACGGACGCCCCGGAGGACCUGGAGACACCGAAGACCACAACCCUGGAGACCACGGAGACCCCGGAGACCCCAGGGACUCUGAAAAUGAAUGAAGGCAAUUCUGGAGGGAGUGACAAGAGCAGUGAUGGGUCCACAUUCACUGCUACGCCGUACGACCAGACCAGUGGCUCUGGGAUGAUGUCUACCCCCCCUGAAGAGAGAGCCUCGGCUUUGUCUCCUGUUGAUGAAACAUCUACUCCUACCGACAAUGAUCAAUCGAAAAUUUUCGUAACAGAUUAUCCACAACCUAAAGGCGGAGGACCGGUUCCGACUGAUGCCCCGCAUGAAGACAGUUCAACGAACUGGCUGGUCAUCAUUGCAGUGAUUGCGGCCGUUGUCGUUAUUCUUUUUCUGUGCCUUGUUUUUUCCAAGAGAAAGAGCUUGUGCGGAAAAACGCAGACCCUGAUCAUCACGUCCAAAGACGGUGGCGAGGGAAAUGGCGCCGCAGCAUCCGCAUCCAGCACCCGGGCCCAGGAGAGAGAGCAGGAGAUGGUGACCCUCAUGAACAAGGAGAAGAUCCAGGAGAACGGCAAAACAGAGGAGUUCACCGUCAUCACACUAGAGGAGUCGCCAGAUAAAGAACAGCUGGCGUGAGUGAGUGAGUGAGUGAGUGAGUGAGUGAGUGAGUGAGUGAGGGAGUGAGUGAGGGAGGGAGGGAGGAUAGGCAGGGUGAGAGGGAGGAGAUGGUCAGGAGAUUAGAGGGAUCGGGGCUAGAAAACACUGGGCUGAAGAACUGCUCUAGUGGCCAUCAGUUGAUAAGGUGUGUGCUAUUUAGAAAGAUUGUCUAACCGAGGUACUACUGUACUGGUUCUGCAGGGUCUUUAAACCCAUUCUUCUUCAUUCUGUGUGUCUGGAAGGCCCGGUGAGUGAGGACCAAACGGCGGUCAAGGAGCACCAUGCACGGUGCAGAAUGGUGGUGCAGAGUGGUGGUGCAGAGUGGUGGUGCAGAGUGGUGCACUGAUGUAGCGAGGGCGCUGAAUGUGCUGUGUGUCACUUCUCUGUUUGUGAGCCGUAUACUUCGUUGAUGAUAAUGCUGGGUUUUCAAGGGAGGGGUAAUGGGGUUCUAAUUUGGGAAUAACAUUGAUGAAAAAUGAUUUUUUUACUAAAUUGGUUGUAAAUUGUUAAAUUAUUAUAUUAUAGGUUGUUUUAUCCUAAAUGAAAGAUGCUAAGUCUAUGAUGAGAACUGCGUUAUCAUGUUUGAGAUUCUGCGUGAAUAAAAAAAAUAUAUAAUUUUUUCGCAAAACAACCUUUAAUGUUUUUAUAUGUUUCACCUCUUUGUUUUGUUUGCUUAUUGUUGUAAGUUUGUUUAUAUUUUUUUAUAUUUCCUCUGGACUGGAGUUUUACAUUUUCAAGACAAUUGGGGAUGUCAUUGCCUUAAUGUAUGCAGCUUUGAUUCCCUUUUUUCUUGGUUUCUGUAUAUAAAGUAUAUGUUUUGGAAAUGCCUUAGCAGUAGUUGCCAGUGCUGUUUGUAGGAUGAGGGCCUUGUAUCCCAUUUUUAAAUAACAGAAUGUCAUGUUUGAGCGUUAUUUCAUUAGAAGACAAUACUUCCAAAGUACAUAUUGUGAAUUGAUUUUGAAGUAGUCAGAGUGGAUCAAUCACUUCAUGUAUAGCAUCCAAAACUGAUGCACCACUGAAGUUUGUUACUACGGUAUACAUUUGUAUUGGGUUGGGAAUAAUAAUGAAAUCCCAAAUGUUAGCCUGACAAAAGGUAGCAUUAUAAAAAUGAAAUGUACAUACUAUAUACACAAUGUGUACAUUGAUUAAGGUAAAAGAAAGAGCAAAAGUAAGACUAGGAUUAAUUAAUUACCUCGUGAACGUAAAACGUGUGCUCAUUUGUGUCAAGUGAGUGACAGCCGCCCUUCUGUGGAUGAUCAACUGUAUGGUUUCUAUGACAAUGUCUGUGAGUUUAACACAUACCGAUGUAAAGGUUUCUUCAUGAGAAUAGGAGUGUGACAACGCUGUCUACUGUGUGAUGAAAGAAGCCCGUGUGCUUGCCAGUCGUGGUACGUUUACCACAAAACAAAAACCAUGCCGUUUUGUUACUGCCCUUCUCAUUGGUGAGACAUAUUUUACAUUGUGUCUUAUCAAAUGUGGUCCCCUUAAGGACAGCUUGAUAUUUCUGGUUUAGUAUGGUCUCAUGGUUCCUUUUGAGAAGUAGCAAAUGUACUAGUCUGGGCAGAUUUUACCACAAAUCAACCAGACAAUGUUGCUGAGAAGAUUUGUAACAGGAUGGACAAAAAUAAAUGUGCAAAAAAAAAAGA